UUGCAAGAACUGAACAUUUGCGAAGCGUUUUCCUACGAAAUCGGUCCAAAUUGUUCCUGUUAGUUGUGUAAAUUCCUAUUUUUGUAACGGUUUUCAUUUGGUGUAUUGUGAUAAAUAUAUUUCUGGUUCAGUCGUUUAGUUUUGUGCUCUGGUGUUACAAGCAAGGAGUGCAAAAUGCAUCUGUUAAACGAAACGAGUUUGACGAUUUUUCCAAUGGCUCGAACUGGCGACAUACCAAAAAUGUUGGGCUGGAAUCUACCUGUGGAACAGCAGUAUCUGGUGCACGAACAUUGGAAGGGUUACCCUGCGCCACCGUACUACAUGCACCUGCUACUGGCAAUGAUCUACUUCGUGUUGAUGAAUAUUUCCCUGAUUGGAAACGGAAUCGUUGUGUGGAUUUUUUCAACAUCCAAAUCAUUACGCAACGGAUCCAACAUGUUUAUAGUGAACCUGGCCAUAUUUGAUUUAUUGAUGAUGUGUGAAAUGCCAUUGUUCUUAGUGAACUCCUUCACCGGUCAUUUGGUCGGCUACGAAACAGGUUGUGCGGUAUACGCUGCUCUAGGGAGUCUUUCCGGGAUCGGUGGAUCGAUCACCAAUGCAGUCAUUGCGUACGAUAGGUAUCGCACCAUUUCUAAUCCACUAGAUGGCCGUCUGAACAGGGUACAAUCGGCGAUCCUGAUUAUGAUCACCUGGCUGUGGGCAAUGCCAUUCACGCUGCUCCCGGUGUUGAAGAUUUGGGGUCGUUAUAUUCCGGAAGGAUUCCUCACCACUUGCUCGUUCGAUUAUCUCACCGAUGACUCAGAUACUCGUGUCUUCGUCGGAUGUAUUUUCACCUGGGCAUAUGUUAUUCCAAUGACACUCAUUUGUUACUAUUACGGGCGUUUGUUUACUCACGUGAGCAAGCACGAGCUGAUGUUGAGGAACCAAGCUCGUAAAAUGAACGUUGAGUCGUUGGCGGCUAACCGUAACGAAAAGGCUCAAUCCGUCGAAUUACGCAUCGCUAAAGCAGCUUUCACCAUUUUCUUCCUCUUUGUGUGUGCUUGGACCCCGUACGCGAUUGUUACGAUGAUAGGCGCCUUUGGCGAUAGAACUUUGCUGACGCCGUUCUUCACCAUGAUUCCGGCAGUAUGCGCAAAAAUUGUUUCCUGUCUGGAUCCGUGGGUGUACGCCAUCAGCCAUCCGAAGUAUCGCGAAGAACUGGAAAAACGUCUUCCUUGGAUGGGUAUCAAAGAGGCUGCGGAUAACAUCAGUACGACGGAAAGCAAACAAACGAUAAUGUCCGAUUCUGUUCCAGCUACUAAAGGAUGCGAAUAAAUCGAGCAAUUUAUUUGUAUGUAACAAAAUGUCAGUGUUGAUCACAUUUAGGGGUUAUACUUGUGUUGACUACAGGCAAUGAACAAAGGAUUACGAAGAAUGGAACAAAUAGUUUUUAAGCAAUGUACAUGUUAAUUGAAAAAGCAAAAAGCAUCCCAGAAGGAAGAAAACUA